AUGUGGAAAUUCAAUAAGAAGCUUGUCCGUUUUACUUACCGUCUCUAUUCAGGCUCGGGCCGAAGCUUGCUUCUUCACGGGAAGAAGAAGCUGCCCCAGAACCUAAAAUUCGUUGUCUUGAACCCUGCCCAAUCUGGACUGGUGAAAAAUGAUCAGAACCUGGUGGAACAGAGGCAGUUGGAAAGAAACACCCAUAGGGAACCCGGGAACGACGGCGACGCUGAUUUCGGCUCCAGGCUUCUCGUCUUCGAGAAGCAGAACUCGCUGGACUCGGCACUAAACUCUAUCCGAUUGAAGAAACCGACAAACGCCAGCUUGCCCCAACUCGAAUACAACGCCCUUCUCCAAUCGCUCACCUCAAGUUACAACCGCUACCAACUGCGCGAGUUCAUCUCCUCUCACCACCCCGACUCCCCAUUGCAUCUAACGCACUGGAAGAAAAGCAAACUGUCCCAGUACAUCAUCGAAAAAAUCUGGAACUGCCAACCAAUUUCAACGCCCACGGGCAUCAAAUCUACGUCUUUGACCUUUCAGUUCGAUUCCCCCAGGGAAAUCUUCCUUUUGCUCAUCACUCAAAGCGGGAAAAUCCUGUCAAACUUCAAUAAGCUCGGGUUGACCUUCAUCAUCUCCAUCCAGGACAACGAAUUGACCAUCAAGGGCUCGCCCAGCCUGCUCAAAUACGUGGAAAUAUCCCUGAACAAAAUAUGGUCAAACAUUACCCACGAAAACGUGCCCGCAUAUUCCCCCAUGCCGUCAAAAGACCUGAUCAACCUCAUCCAGAAGGAGACCCACACUUUUUUCGAGUACCUCCCGGAUUCGCAGACGUACAAGAUCUCAGCCCUCAGCACCAAGAAAAUAUCCAUGGCCAAAGUCUUUUUGUUAAACGCCAUUGUCGCCAACCCGCACACAGCCCAACACCACAACGCAAUAGUCUCUCCGGCAGCCAAGUUGGAGCCUUACCCAUUCAACAACACUUUAGAGAACUUGGACUGGCUGAACAAGUCUCGAGACUGGACAAGAUUACAAUCGACCGCCCCUGGAAGUUGCACAGACCUGACAACUCACACCACCGUUCCACAACUGACAGAUGCGCAACUCAGCGAAUACGAAACUUUCUUGUCCGCAGACGCGCCCUCCCUUUCCGCUUCCAACUCAAUCUCCCAAUGCUUGUCAAUAACACUGGGCUAUUCCUUACAAUCGGCCUCGUCUCCCAGCAUCUUCCAACCUCUAAUACACAAGAGUUUUAUUUCAAAACUAUUGAACCUCCCGAUUCACAAAGAGUCGCAGUCCUCGCCGCCCGUUUCUCUUGACCGGCACCUGAUGACAAACGCUCACCAGUCUUUUGUACAGUUGAAUUUUACUCCUGUGCCGCCCUCUUCGAACUUGUCAUCUUCGCCCCCCUUUUUGCAAAUUUGGCUCGAAAUUGACGAAUUCGAUAACAUCAUCACCACUUCGAUGAGGCCUCUUCUGAAGAUGCAGGAAAACUCCAUCGUUUUACAAACUCCGCAACGCCAAAUAGACUACAAAAUCACGUCCGAUUACAUUCAGGACCUUCUGCCCGAUUUUGACCAGACCCACCCGGAUGCCUGGUUAUCUAAACAGAAGGGCCUCCAGGAAUUCCUCAUGAAUUCUCACUGGAAGCUAAACAAGUACCAAAACGUCUUGAAAAAAAUCACAAUUAAUUUGCCGGAUAACCGAGUACAGCAAUACCAGUUGACAGACGUUCUGAACCAUCGUGUCUUAAGUCUGCAAUUCCCCGCCAACGGUGCCCACGAUAAAUACGUCAUCCAAUAUUCUGACAUUAGCCGCGGCUUUUUGAAUAAUGGCUCCUACAAACAAUUGGAUUUCAUUAACGUGAAUCCAAGCGAAACGCCAUUGAAAACCUUCAUUAACGACGUUUUGAACUUUUAA